CAGUGAGAGCGCGCCAAAGCCAGAAGAACACAAACCUUGCCUGUAAACUUGCCGAAGAAAGCAGGAAGAUAUACUUCUAGAGUAGCCACUAAGUUUUUCAAAUGUGAAUUAUUCUAUUGUAUGAUACAAAAGUAGUUGUUUUAAAAAAUCUUUUAGCUUGAAGAACUAUUACAUAGAAAAUGGUUCUACAAAAUAGUGGACGUUACAGAGCGGACCGUGGAGCGGGUGGAGACCAGGAAAACCAGGAUGAUGGCUCCUCGAUGUCGGCCCUCAAGAGGCUGGAGCGCAGUCAGUUCACCGAUGACAUGGACGCUCGCUUUGGAUUCGACAGGAUGAAGGAACCGGGGGAGAAAACCGGCUGGUUGAUCAACAUGCACCCAACAGAGAUACUGGAUGAGGACAAGAGAAUGAUCAGUGCCGUGGAUUAUUAUUUCAUCCAGGAGGAUGGAAGCAGGUUUAAGGUGGCUCUUCCUUUCAAGCCCUAUUUUUAUAUUGCUACAAAAAAGAACUGCGAAAGAGAGGUCAUAUCAUACUUAUCUAAAAAGUUCCAAGGUAAAGUGUCCAAACUUGAAAUUCUUCCAAAAGAGGAUCUGGAUCUGCCAAAUCAUCUCGUCGGACUGAAGAGAAACUACAUCAAGCUGUCAUUCAACACCGUGGAUGACCUCAUCAAAGUCAAGCGUGAGAUUUCUCCCGCUGUGCGAAAGAACAGAGAGAGGGAGCAGUCGAAUGAUGAGUACACCUCCAUGCUGUCAAGUGCUUUGUCUGGGGUCGGUGUGACUACAGCAGACGAGGACGGGAUCUCAAAGAGCAUCGUGGAUCAAUUAGACAAUGUGGUGGAUAUGAGAGAGUACGAUGUGCCUUACCACGUCCGACUGUCCAUCGACCUGAAGAUCCACGUCGCUCAUUGGUACAACGUUCGCUACAGAAGCAGUGCGUAUCCACCAGAGAUCAUUCGCAGAGACGAUCUUAUGGAACGACCGGAUCCAGUUGUUUUGGCCUUUGACAUCGAAACCACCAAACUUCCUCUGAAAUUCCCAGAUGCAGAGACGGAUCAGAUCAUGAUGAUCUCCUACAUGAUAGACGGGCAGGGGUUUCUUAUUACAAACAGAGAGAUUGUCUCAGAGAACAUUGAGGAUUUCGAGUUCACCCCCAAACCUGAAUAUGAGGGACCCUUCACUGUUUUCAAUGAGGAUAAUGAGGCUGCUCUUAUUCAGAGGUGGUUUGAUCACGUUCAAGAAACAAAACCAAAUAUCUUUGUGACCUACAACGGAGACUUCUUUGACUGGCCUUUUGUUGAGACUCGAGCUACCGCGCAUGGACUGAGCAUGCACAGAGAGAUUGGUUUCCAGAAGGACAGCCAAGGAGAGUACAAGUCCAGCCAGGCAAUCCACAUGGACUGUUUAAGGUGGGUAAAAAGAGACAGCUACUUACCUGUGGGGAGUCACAAUCUGAAGGCGGCAGCAAAAGCUAAGUUGGGCUACGACCCAGUGGAGCUGGACCCCGAGGAAAUGUGUCGAAUGGCAACGGAAGAGCCGCAGACCUUAGCCACAUACUCGGUGUCAGACGCUGUGGCCACAUACUAUUUGUACAUGAAAUACGUUCACCCAUUCAUCUUUGCGCUGUGCACAAUCAUUCCAAUGGAGCCAGAUGAGGUGCUCCGAAAAGGUUCUGGGACUCUGUGUGAGGCCUUACUCAUGGUGCAGGCCUUUCACGCCAACAUCGUGUUUCCCAACAAGCAGGAGCAGGCCUUCAACAAGCUGACAGACGACGGUCACGUUUUGGAUUCGGAGACCUACGUGGGUGGACAUGUGGAGGCGCUGGAGUCUGGAGUGUUUCGCAGUGACAUUCCCUGCCGGUUUAAAAUGAAUCCGGCUGCGUUUGACUUCCUUUUGAAAAGAGUUGAAAGAACCAUGCGGCAUGCUAUAGAGGAGGAGGAGAAAAUCCCUCUUGAGCAAGUUACUAAUUUUAAUGAGGUUUGUGAUGAGAUCAAAGAGAAGCUGACUUCCUUGAAGGAGGUUCCAAACAGAAUUGAAUGUCCUCUCAUUUACCAUCUUGAUGUCGGAGCGAUGUACCCCAAUAUCAUCCUCACAAACCGACUGCAGCCGUCUGCUAUGGUGGAUGAAGCCACCUGUGCUGCUUGUGACUUUAACAAACCUGGUGCAACCUGUCAGAGGAGGAUGGCCUGGCAAUGGAGAGGGGAAAUCAUGCCUGCAAGUCGCAGUGAGUUUCACCGGAUCCAGCAGCAACUCGAGUCUGAAAAGCUGCCCCCGCUCUUCCCCAACGGCCCCCCCCGGGCCUUCCACACACUCAACCGGGAGGAGCAGGCCAAGCACGAGAAGAAACGUCUGGCAGACUACUGUAAGAAGGCCUAUAAGAAGACCCACGUCACCAGGUUGGAACAACGCGUCACCACCAUCUGUCAGAGAGAAAACUCUUUCUAUGUCGACACGGUCAGAGCUUUCAGGGAUCGACGGUAUGAAUUCAAAGGACUCCACAAGGUGUGGAAGAAGAAGCUGUCAGCAGCUCAGGACAGCGGAGAUGCUGCAGAGGUGAAGCGCUGCAAAAACAUGGAGAUCCUGUACGAGUCCCUUCAGCUGGCUCAUAAGUGCAUCCUUAACUCCUUCUAUGGCUACGUCAUGAGAAAAGGGGCACGCUGGUACUCCAUGGAGAUGGCUGGGAUUGUGUGCUACACUGGAGCCAACAUCAUCACUCAGGCCAGAGAGAUCAUCGAACAGAUUGGGAGACCCCUGGAGUUGGACACAGAUGGAAUCUGGUGUGUCCUCCCCAACACUUUCCCUGAGAACUUUGUGGUGAAGACCAGCAACGAGAAGAAGCCCAAAGUGACCAUCUCUUAUCCGGGAGCCAUGCUGAACAUCAUGGUGAAAGAGGGAUUCACUAACGACCAGUACCACGAGCUGGUCGACCCCGCGUCGCUCACGUACAACACCAGAGCAGAAAACAGCAUCUUUUUUGAGGUGGACGGGCCGUACCUCGCCAUGAUCCUGCCGGCUUCAAAAGAGGAAGGAAAGAAGCUGAAGAAGAGGUAUGCUGUGUUCAACGAGGACGGCUCUCUGGCUGAGCUCAAAGGCUUUGAAGUGAAGCGAAGAGGAGAACUCCAGCUCAUUAAGAUCUUUCAGUCGUCUGUGUUCGAGGCCUUCCUCAAAGGUACCACUUUAGAGGAGGUCUACACGUCUGUGGCCAAAGUGGCUGACUACUGGCUGGAUGUGCUCUACAGCAAGGCAGCCAACAUGCCGGAUGCGGAGCUGUUUGAGCUGAUUUCAGAGAAUCGAUCCAUGUCCAGAAAGCUGGAGGACUACGGGGAGCAGAAGUCUACGUCCAUCAGCACAGCCAAGAGGCUGGCAGAGUUCCUGGGAGACCAGAUGGUCAAAGAUGCCGGGCUGAGCUGUCGCUACGUUAUCUCACGGAAGCCUGAAGGUUCACCUGUCACAGAAAGAGCCAUCCCUCUGGCCAUUUUCCAGGCUGAGUCCAGCGUAAAGAAACAUUUCCUUCGGAAGUGGUUGAAGAUGCCCAGCCUGCAUGACCUGGACAUCCGUUCUAUCCUCGAUUGGAGUUAUUACAUAGAGAGGUUGGGCAGUGCAAUCCAGAAAAUCAUCACCAUCCCUGCAGCCCUGCAACAGGUGAAAAACCCUGUUCCAAGAGUUCGGCAUCCCGACUGGCUUCAUAAGAAACUGCUGGAGAAAAAUGACAUCUAUAAACAAAAGAAAAUAAGUGAGCUGUUUACCAGUGAGGGCAAGAGGCAGGUGGCCCACCAGCAUCUUGACUCAGACCAACCAGCAGACAUUGAGGACUUUGGGGUACCAGCCAGACCUCUGCAGCCGGCUAUUCUCAUCAGCACUAAGAGGAAGCGAGCUUCACAGGGGGGCGACAGCCAGGUGGAGUCUCAAGAUGUUGAGCUCACACAAUCCUGGAGAGAAAUCCUUGGACCCCCUCCACCAAUGGGAACCACAAAGGAGGAGCGUCUGGUGUGGCUGCGUUAUCACAAGAAGAAGUGGGAGCUGCAGCUGAAGCAAAGGAAGGAGAGAAGGAAGAGAAGGAAGCUUCUGGACGGGGAAGCCCAGCCUGUCGGUGGAGGAGUGAUCCGAGACGGACCCACCACCGGGCUGGGGAGCUUCCUUCGCAGAACAGCACGCAGCAUCCUCGACAUGCCGUGGCAGAUUGUGCAAAUUGCAGAGACGUCCCACCCUGGUCUGUACAAACUGUGGGCUGUGAUUGGAAAUGACCUCCACUGCAUGAAGCUCAACAUCCCACGUGUCUUCUAUGUCAACCAGAAAGUUCCAAAGCAGGAGGAAGGAGCUACUUACAAAAAGGUAAACCGCAUGCUCCCUCGCUCCAACAUGGUGUACUACCUUUAUGAGUACUCCGUAGCGGAGGACAUGUACCAGGAGCACAUCAAUGAAAUCAACGCUGACCUCUCUGCACCAGACAUUGAGGGAGUCUAUGAAACCCAAGUGCCCCUGCUGUUUCGUGCUCUGGUCCAGCUUGGAUGUGUGUGUAUGGUCAACAAGCAUGUUGUGAGGGAUCUGGCUGGCAGGGAGGCGGACACCUUUGAUCUGGACCACCUUGAGAUGAGGUCGCUGGCUCAAUUCAGCUACCUGGAGCCUGGAAGCGUUCGUCACAUGUACUUAUAUCAUCACAAUCAAGGCCACAAAGCUCUGUUUGGCCUUUUCAUUCCCUCUCAGCGCAAAGCGAGCAUCUUCAUCCUGGACACGGUCAGAAGCAACCAAAUGCCCAACCUGAGCAAUCUCUACUCAGCCGAGCGCACCGCCCUCCUGGAGAAGACGUCAGAGGAGCUCCUGCCCCCAGAGAAGCACACCUUUGAGGUCCGAGCUGAAAAUGACAUGAAGGCCAUCUCCCGAGCGCUGCAGCGUAUACUCCUGAGCUACAAGGAGGAGCGGCGCGGGCCGACCCUCAUCGCUGUGCAGUCAAACUGGGAACUGCGUCGACUUACUGCAGGAAUGCCAGUCCUGGAAGAAUUCCCAGCUAUCCCAGUGCAUGUACUGGAUGAGAUCAACUACAAUGUGUUGGAUUGGCAACGCCAUGGCGCCCGACGUAUGAUCCGCCAUUACCUCAACCUGGACAGCUGUCUGUCACAAGCGUUUGACAUGGCCAGGUAUUACCACUUGCCUGUGGGGAAUCUACCUCAGGAUGUGUCCAUCUUUGGCUCGGACUUGUUCCUGGCGAGACAUUUACGGAAACACAACCACCUGCUGUGGCUUUCACCCACCGCCAGGCCUGACCUUGGAGGAAAAGAGGCCGACGACAGUCGACUGGUCAUGGAAAGUGACGACCGGGGCUCUGUGGAGAUCAACGCUCCUGGAUGUUUUUCCACGGUGUGCGUGGAGCUCGACCUCCAGAGUCUGGCAGUGAACACCAUCCUGCAAUCACAGCAUGUCAACGACAUGGAGGGCGGAGCCAGUUUGGGCGUCAGCUUUGAUGUGAUCCAGCAGGCCUCGCUGGAGGACAUGAUGUCAGGAAACCAGGGAGCCAGCGCUUUGGCGAGCUACGAUGAGACAGCUCUCGUCUCAAACACCUUCAGGAUCCUAAAGAGCAUGGUGGUUGGAUGGGUCCGGGAGAUCACACAAUACCAGAAUGUAUAUGCAGACAACCAGGUGAUGCACUUCUACCGCUGGCUGCGCUCUCCCAGCUCUCUUCUGUACGACCCGGCGCUUCACCGCACCCUCCACAACAUGAUGAAGAAGGUCUUCCUACAGUUGGCUGCAGAGUUCAAGCGUUUGGGCUCCACUGUUGUGUACGGAAACUUCAACAGGAUCAUCCUGUGCACCAAAAAGCGGAGAAUUGACGACGCCGUUGCUUAUGUAGAAUACAUCACCAACAGCAUUCACUGCAGGGAAAUCUUCCACUCUUUGUCCAUCUCUUUCUCCCGAUGCUGGCAGUUCCUGCUGUGGAUGGACCCCUCCAACUAUGGAGGCGUUAAGGGAAAGGUGUCCUCUGAUGUCUUGUAUGGCGAGGACCAAACCAAACAAAAGAAAACCCGACAAGAGGAGGGAGACGAGGAUGGCAGUGAGGAUGAAGAUGAGGACAAUGCUGAGGAAGAGGAGGAUGAAGGGAGCGAUGACGUUGAGAACCUAAUUGAGAGCAACUGGAACAUCAUGCAUUAUCUUCCCCAGACAGCUUCCUGUCAGCAAUAUUUCCUCAUGAUUGUCUCAGCCUACAUUGCUGCUGUGUACCACAGCAUGAAGGAGGAACUGAGACGUAAUGCUCCUGGAGCAACGCCGGUCAAGAGGCGGGGAGGAAGUCAGGCUUCCCAGCAGGCAUUGGGGGACUCGACUGCACUUCCUGGAAUGAUCUCCUUUUCCCAAGAAUAUGUAGCCAGCGAGCUGACGCAGAACAUCUUCACCAUCACUCAGAAAAUCCAGAAAAAGGUGACCGGGACCAGAAAUGUGGCCCAGACCUCAGAGAUGUUCCCGGUACUGCCCGGCUCACACCUGCCGCUCAACAACCCCGCGCUGGAGUUCGUCAAAUAUGUCUGCCAGGUUCUUUCCCUUGACAGUAAUAUAGUGAAUCAGGUGAACAAGCUGAAAAGAGACCUCCUGCGCCUGGUGGAUGUGGGAGAGUUUUCCGACGAAGCACAGUUCCGGGAUCCCUGCAACUCCUACAUCCUGCCGGAAGUCAUCUGCCACCACUGCAACUUUUGUCGGGACCUGGACCUUUGCAAGGACCCGUCUGUGGCACAGGACGGUGCCGUCGUCCCCCAGUGGUUCUGCUCAAACUGCCAGGCUCAGUAUGAAACGGAAACUAUUGAGGUGUCCCUGAUAGAAGCUCUUCAGAAGAAACUCAUGAGCUAUACGCUGCAGGACUUGGUAUGCAACAAAUGUAAAGGGGUGAAGGAGGCCAACAUGCCGCUCUACUGCAGAUGUGCCGGAGACUUCAACCUCACGUUCUCCGCUAUGAGCUUCUCUGAGCAGAUCAUGGUGUUUCGGAACAUCGCAUCCCACUAUAACAUGAGAUUUCUGGAGGAGACCAUCGACUGGCUGCUUGAGAUGAGCCCUCAGAUGAACCAGAGCUCUCACUGAAAGCAGCUUCAAGAGCCGAGACGUUUUCAUUCGACACAGACAAGCUGGAGGACAAAUGUUUAUCUUUUAUAUUUACAAUUUCAUCAUGUCAAUGAAUAAUAAAUACAACUGUUGAAACUUG